AUGGUCACACGCUGUCGUGAGCGUACUCGGCUCUCAAUCCAUUUGCAACACCUUUUCGCGAUCCUGCUUCCGACGUCCAUCAUCGGCGGUGGGCGACCCACUCCCUACGGACACACGAAGUGGACAUUACUUCCUCAGUCAACUCUCACGGAAAUGGAGAUGGACAUAGACAUGGAUAUGGACAUACCUUCUGGGCGUCGCACUAGCGACGCUGCGGAGCAGCUCAUCCCACCGUACAACCACGAUGCCUCUGAAAUUACGAACUUCAUUGUGAUCGACACCAACAUCCUUGAUCACUACCUUGACGUGCUUGCUAUAUUCGUCGACGAUGUCGAGAAACAUAGACUGCCGAUAACCGUCAUCAUACCCAAGAUCGUCCGUCAGGAGCUCGACUGGCAGACACAUCGCAAGGAAAAAGACUCGUUGUCUCGUGCGGCCUCUUGCGCGACUAGAUGGCUGGCUAGUAGCACUAAGCCGUCCUGGCUCCUCCGUGAACAGGCUGUUAACGAAACUCUGAUGCCUGCUGGUAGCUCUUCGGGUUUUGUACUAUCCAAAGCUGGCGAGGUCAACGACGACUACAUCUUGGAUUGCUGCCAGUACUUCCAGUCCCGCGGGUACGAAGUCAGGAUGUGGACGGAAGAUAACUUGCUGAGAUGGCGAGGCCGCCACGUUCUCAAGCGGCCGAUUCAGGUUGACGGAGAAAUCCGAGAAGAAGACCUCACGAUCUCUCGCCCAAAGAAGACGUCGAGGCAUACUUGGACCAGCCACGCGGUAGCUCAGGCUCUCAAUAUCCCUACACAUCUCGCUGCGUCUUUCGCAAAGACUACUCGCCCUGUAAUGACGAGCAGCUAUUCCGUCGCCCUAGCGCCGGGAGAGACACAGAUCAGUACCAUGAACAACCUCAUGGAUGUCGAUCAUCAACUAUACAUUCAACCCUUGGACGCUCUGCACGCUGAUGUUAUCGAUCGUGUGCCCGGAUAUCUGAAGGCUAUCGUCGAGGGUGCUUGCCCCGACGAUGACAAGCCUCGUAUGGGAGACAUUGGUUACAAGAACGACCCACGACAUCAUCCGCUGUGGAAGCGCACGCCCUUCUCCGAGUGGACGCCAUAUGAUUGCAUACAGUACCUCACGGAGGAUAGUGCUUCGGGUCUGCUCAAGUCUCACAGCUGGCUGAAACGGAAGGACGGUGACCAUCUUACCGCGUUCCUCCUUCCUACUACCCAGGGCGUGGAGUACAAGGGAAUCACGAAGGGCAAGACCGGCACUCACUGGUCCGCAGCCGACUGGAGAAGGGCUCUUGAGAGUUUGAGCACGAUCGCUCAGAUGGGCUCUGCAUAUGAUGACGAGGACUUCUUCAUGUUCAUGCAGCGGCUCAAGGACGUCAUUCGCCACGAGAAUCUCGUCGUUGGUAUUUCUGAUUGA